UUUCGCUCCAGACAAGAGGUAGAUAGAUGAAGAAGAAAGAUGGAGAUGAACCUGCGUUCAAAUGCGUUAAGAAGACGAAGGAGGAUGCAAUUUAAUAACCCAAAUAAAUACACGUGCCUUAUCACGUGAUAUAUUAACCGACUAUCAUUUAGGCUAAUCGGUCAUAGUUCAAUUACGGAAGAUUACCCCCUAAAUUGGGAUUAAACAUAUAUAACUCAUUAUUGGGAUUAUUAGAAGAGAACCGCCCUUCGAAUUAUUCCAGUCAAUUUUUCCUAAAGAAUACUUAAUUUACAGCAUAUUUUACACUUUUUUAGUAUGUGUAACUGAUCAGGCAAAACCCUACCUUCUGGAAAAUUGAGGGGUUUAAUAAGGUUGCCACCCCUGGAUUUACACGUCCAGAAAUCAAUGGGGGAAGAGAACGACAGAUUGACUCUGGUGGCCAGAAGAGCAUGUUUCGGACUACCCACUGCGUGUCCAAACUGCUUGCCCGUUUAUGUUUACCUCAGGUUAUGCAAACGCCCCUUCGAUUUGGCCUUCAACCUUGUUCAUCCUGAUUCUGAUCAAAUACCUUACGUUGAGUCUGGAACUUAUGUGGCAUACAACAAUGAAAAGGGUGGUGUGGUCCAGAGUUUAAAGGAUGAUGGUAUGGUCGACGAUUUAGACUCUGCAAUUCGCCACAUUCCAGAAUGGGCAUCAACAAUGGCUAUGGCGGAUUCAUGGAUCGCUGAUGCUCUGUUGUAUGAACUCUGGCUAGGGUCUGAUGCAAGUUCUGUGCAGAUUUAUUAUUCUGAUCUUCCUUGGCCAGUAGGAAAACUUCUAUACUUGAAGCAAGUUUAUGAUACAAAACAACGACUUGGGAUAACAACGGAGAAUGUUGAUAAAAGAGAAGAAGAAAUUUAUAGGAAAGCUUACAUUGCUUAUGGUGCUUUGUCAACAAUGUUAGGAGACCAGUCCUUUUUCUUUGAAAACAGGCCAACAAGCUUAGAUGCUGUUUUUCUUGGACAUGCACUUAUUACACUAUUUGCCUUACCCGAUACUUCAGUGCUAAGAAGCAAACUCUUGGAGUAUGCCAAUCUGGUAAAUUAUACAAAGAAUUUUAAAUUGCAGUUCAUAGACACAAUUGAGUUGCCCUCUGUCUCUCAAUUGCAUAAUGAGCCCUCUUCAUCAACGUCAAGACGUAAUUCAAAUUGGAGCUCAAAACCUAAAACCAAACCUCAAAAGAAAAAAAGGACUGAAGAAGAGAAGAAGUUUCGACGGAGGUCAAAGUAUUUUCUGGUUACUCAGCUGGUUGCCGUUUUGGUAUACCUUUCCGUCCUUGGGGGAUCUGAUGAUGCUGAGGCUGAUCUAGAUGAUGGUGAUGGUGGCACUUAUUAUGGUGACUAAAUUUUCGGUAUUUUCUCAGUUUGUCUGUUUUCCAGCUUUUAGCUCCUCAUGAAUAUUUUGGAGAACCUAUGUGCAUAAUAUUUCUUAAAUUUACACCAGAUAAACAAGAGUAGUUCUUCAGGGAAUUUGGAGUUUGUGUUUUUUUACUCAAUCUGCAAAAUAAGGAACCACCAUUUUUCGCUGUUACUAGCAACAAAAUGUGUUUCAUUUUCCGUAGAAGAUUUUAUUUGUGGCCAAUUUACAUAUUAGUUUUUGUUCAACCAAAACUCAUCACGUUUUGUACAUUCAAGUUUUAUCCCAAUAAUCAUAGAAAAUGAAGCUUCU